UCCUCUUCUGAAGAGCUGUGACUAUGGAGCCACCUCAGCAUGCCCUUAAAAGAAAACCAUGCCAGAGGCGUUCCACCUUGUCUGCCAGCCUGAGGCUCGGAGAAGAUGGCUCUCAUAGCUUAGAGGAAGAAAAGUCCAUCUUUGCCUUCUCACAGGAUAGCUCUAUCAAGCCAUGGAAUUCUAUGGACAAUUUGGACAGUCCUUUCACUGGUCAAGGAGCAUCCAUGGCUGAAGCACAGAAGAAAUCUUCAUCAAGGUCAUCCAAAGUGAUCAAUAUCAAUGUUGGAGGCAAAAUUUUCCACAUUGAAAAAUGCAUGGUGAUCCAAUACCCUCACACCCGCAUUGGAAACCUGGCCCUGUGUACUGACCGCGUGAUGCAGCUCACCCUGUGCGACGAUUACUCUGUGUGCACAGAUGAGUUUUUUUUUGACCGCGACCCCAGUUUGUUCCACUACAUUCAUCACUUCUACCGAAGUGGCGUGUUGUGGACAAUGAAUGAGCUGUGUCCCAUUAACUUUGAGGAGGAGAUGGAAUACUGGGGGCUGAGUCUGAAGGACACCCAGCGUUGCUGUAACAUUCUGUUUGAGGAGAAGGUGGAUGAGCUGAAGGAAUACCUGAAAAUAGAAAGGGAGCUCAUGGCAGAGAUUGAGCCCAAGCAUGAUGAGGAGGGCUUCAAAUCAAUGUACUUUGGCAGGUUCCGCAAAGCUGUGUGGGAUUUAAUAGAGAACCCAUACUCUUCAAUUUCAGCUAAAUUCUUUGCUAUUUUUUCCAGCCUAUUUGUGCUCAUCUCUAUUGUUGCUAUGACACUCAACACAGUGCAGGAGCUGAAGACAACCACUGUGUAUGGUAGGACUUACUUGGAGUUUGUGGAGAUUGCCUCCAUCCUCUUCUUCACUGUUGAGUACUUCCUGCGCUUGUUGACCACCUGUAACAUCAUACAUUUUCUCAAGAGUGCCCUCAACUUUGUGGACUUGGUAGCUGUAAUGCCUUACUUCAUCCAGCUGGUCUUCGAGGCCUUCGCCAAUCAGGAGGACCUCAGUGUGCGGGAGGACUUGCAGACCAUGGCAAGGGUCAGCAAGGUCAGCAAAGUGCUCAAGGUGGUGAAGCUCAUGCGCAUCUUUCGUAUCCUCAAACUGGCUCGACACUCAACCGGAAUGCGGGCUUUCGGGUUCACCAUUCGCCAGUGCUAUCAGCAGGUCUGCUGCCUUUUUCUUUUCAUCACCAUGGGUAUCUUCACGUUCUCUGCCCUCUUGCACUCUGUGGAGCAUGGUGUUGCUGGGACCCACUUCAGCAGUAUACCUGAUGCCUGGUGGUGGGCUGCGGUCAGUAUCUCCACAGUGGGCUAUGGUGACGUGGUGCCAGUGUCAUUUUUGGGUCGGGUAGUGGCAUUUGUCUGCAUCUCCUUUGGCAUAAUUCUAAAUGGUAUGCCCAUCUCCAUCCUCUUCAACAAGUUCUCAGACUACUAUGCCAAGCUGAAGGCCCAGGAAGAGGCUCACGCCAAAAUUCAGCGCAGCAUGGAGUUUAAGGUCCGCCUGAGCCGCAAGCUUGACCAGUGCCUCAAACGUUGUACCGCAGACUCUGAUGACGAGGAGGUGUUUAUGCAUUGACAUCCCAGGCUCCCAUGAUCUUCUGUAAAUUUACCCUGCAUGGCUAUUUCUGAGACCCCAUUCUGCUUUCGCCUCAUGGGAUACGUUUUCCGCGGAUGUGCAGAAAAUUUAUUUGUUGUGCUGGACAGGUGGAGAUAAGCUGUAAUCUGAAGCCGAGACAGGAUACAGAGGUUUCUCAAGUUUCCUGAGGACUGCUAGAGGAACUACCUUCUGUGAUGACUUCCUCUUACAGCACUGCUCUUGUGUGUCAGAAUGUGUAAGGAUAUCUAUAAUUCAUGCAAGGCUGCUACCCUGGCAAAUUAGCACUGUGCACCAAUAAACUAAAACUGCAAUAAGAUGAAGGGUAACAACUGCUCUUCUGUAUUAAAUGCAAGUGUUGUGUGACUUAUGUUUCCUCUAUUGAUAUUAGCAAUCUUAAAAAGAAGCAAAGACCAGACUUUCAAAGAUGAAA